UUCUUUUACACCAAAGCUUGGUUUGUUCUCCGUUAAUUGAUGCUAAAUAUUGUGGAAUAGUUUUGGAUACUGAAGGAAAACAUCGUUGGCAGUGCUUUAAGAUGGAAACCCGUUCGUCGGCACACGUUUCCGGAAUGAAUGUGGUGCCGGGUAGUGGACCCAAUAUUUGUCGAAUUUGUCUCAUCAAUGGCGGCUCCAUCGGUGAAGAUAACCUUUCCAAGGGAAUGGAGUCGAUUUUCAGUACCAUCGGUGAGUACGAAGAACGCAGUUUGUACGGCAUCCUGGUGACGAUAUGUGUCCCGCUGCGACAGCGGGAAAUGCUGAAAGGUAUGCCGGAACGGAUUUGCCGCGGCUGCAAGUGGCGUUUACUGUCUGCUUUCGAACUGUACGAAACUUGUCUGCGCAGCGACGAUAAGAUGCGCGGCAUUGCUGCCGAAAUGCUGAAGAAACAACAACAGCAGCAGCAGCAACAACAACAACCAACACAGGAAUCUGGUGCAGAAAAUGAGCAAAUUCAUAUUAAGCAAGAAGUUCCGGACCAUGAGGAGCCAGAAGUUAAUCACGAUGUUUCUCUUGGUUUAGAGUCAUUUAUGCAGGACAGUCAUUUCUACUCGGAAGCAGAAAGCUCUCAGAUGAUGGACCAGUCAGAGCUGCUGGAGGAAAUGGCGCCUGCAGUUGAUCCUAAUGAGUCCCUGGUCGAGGAGCACUAUAAGAUAAACGAAAAGGGGAAUCACGCUUGUGGAAUCUGCAAUCAGGAGUUUCCAUACAGAAGUUCCGCCCGGAGCCAUAUUUUAACUAAACACGAUCCGGCAAAGCCGUUCAAAUGUGACGUGUGCCAUUUUACACUGACGACGGAACUACGGUUGAUUAGACACAAAGCUGUAACUCACGGCUUAGGAGUGUUGAACAUCGAGGAAACACCUCCGGACGAGUCCACUGGAGAUACGAUUUACACAUGCAAGAUCUGUUCGAAAACGUUCAAUUCGAUAGUUCGCUUCAAACGCCAUAAGAACGUUCAUGUAGUUUAUAACAGGCCGUUUAAAUGCGAUACAUGUUUGUACCGUUUUGCAACUCGAGCCCAACUUAAUCAGCAUAUGAAAGUGCAUCUGGAAAAACCGGAAGGUGAAGGUGAUGAAGCAGAAACUCAAGAAGAGUGGAAGUGCGAGCACUGUGAGGAAAAGUUGCCUGGAAAGCGCGCUCAUACGAUGCACGUUCGACGCUUCCACCCGGAAACACUGGUCAAUGAAAACAAGGAAAAGAACGACUACAAAUGCAUUAUCUGUUCGGAGGCAUUUGCUAGGGAAAGUGUUCUUAACACCCACAUGAAAAUGCACGAACUGCUGGCAAUGGAGAAGGAAAAGGAACAACGCAAGGAACUGGAGCAGCUAAUUAAGCAAGAAAUUAAGUCCCGAAAGGAUUCGCUAACAGAGAACACUGCCGGAGAAGGUGCUGAAACCACCAACACAGAAAGUAGCGUUGCAAAUGCCGGUAUAGGAAGCUCAAGUACUAACAAUAAUAAUAACAAUAACAACACUAGUGCUGCACCUCCGACUAAGAAAAAGAGCGACGUAGACGUUGCCUUCGUUUGUAUGGUCUGCGAGCAGGAAUUUGAGGAGCGCGAUUUACUGCUGAAGCAUCAGAAAAAAUUGCACAACGAACUGCAGCUGAACAUCGUUCCCGGCGUUGUUGACAAUAUGGAUGAAUCUACCGAUGGACCAUCCGGUUUCGAAAAAGAAGACGAACCAAUGGCUGACGCAUCGAAAGUGUCCCCAGACGAGGAACCGAUGGUCGUGGAUAUCGAUCCAUCCGAGCUGUUGUCAGCACAGGCGGAGAACGGGCAGCCGAAAAAUGCUACCCUUCCGCCGGCGAUGCCCAAAUGUCACCUGUGUCAGAAGACUUUUAUGUACAACUGCCUGCUGCAGACCCACAUCAAGAAAAGCCAUAGCGAAACGAAGCCUUUUGAGUGCAAAGUGUGCCACAUGCGCUUCGGCUAUCGCGGUACCCUGCAGAAGCAUGAACUGACGCAUUCCGCGCAGAACGUCCGCCCCGGAAGCCACGGUUCCAUCAUGUACAAAUGUAAGAUAUGCUCCGCUAAGUUUUUGGAGCUUAAAGCCCUCUCAUUCCAUCUGAGAAACCAUCGAAACUCGUCGAUUUCCGUCGAACCAACGGUGACGAAAAAAAUCGAAAUAUUCCAGUGCACUUUCUGUCCGCAAAUUUUUAGCGAGAAAGAGGAAUACGACGAUCAUUUGGCGAAAAGCCAUCGCCAGAUGCUUUCCCAGCAGCAAUUACAACAGCAGCAGCAGCAGCAACCAAAACCGGCUCCGUCUGUACCGUCGGUAACGCAACUUCUGGCGCAUCAACAUUCCCGAAAGAAUCCCGAACCACGAAAGUUGCUCGAACGACAACCGAAGAACGAGAAGGAGCUGUUUCUGGACAGUUUAGCUAUUGUUAAGGUUGAGCGUACGUAGAAAACGACGCGAGGGCAUGCAAGAUUUCUACGAUCGAAGCUCAGAUCAAACGGUAUAAUUUUUGAUUCAAAUUACCCAUUAUUGAAAGUAUUUGGUAAUAUUUUGAUAUGAAAAUUUGCUUAAUUUUCAUAAAACUGUUUUGAGAGAAAUAGUAGCAUUACACUAUAGUUUUAUUUAAAUUUACGUACCUACCGACAUCUAAACGGAAUUCUGAUGAAAUUCUAAAAGGCAUUUGCUUUUUCCGUCUAUCGACAACAAAUUGGGUGUUCUUUUUAAUUUUACAACGAAAUGUUCGUUUAGUUUCGCGAAAGGUGGAUAACCGUUGGUUCAAUCAAAGCAACCUUUGGUACAUAUUUACGGUGACUAUUUGCGUUGCUAGGUAUUUAGAUUUUAAGAACCUGUGAAACACAUUCAAAUUACAAAAUAAAAAAAACUGGAUUUAGUUUGAAAAAUCAGCGUUGGUAGUGUUAGAGACAUACAAAACAUUAAUGUGUAUAUUGUGAAUCAUUGACCUCACGAA